GAAGUGCAAAAAAUGAGUGGAAGGGGGAAAACCGGAGGUAAAGCUAGGGCGAAGGCCAAGACUCGCUCUUCCCGCGCCGGGCUGCAGUUUCCUGUGGGCCGUGUGCAUAGGCUUCUGCGCAAAGGCAACUAUGCCGAGCGCGUCGGCGCCGGCGCUCCAGUCUACUUGGCUGCCGUCCUGGAGUAUCUGACCGCUGAGAUCCUUGAGUUGGCCGGCAACGCCGCUCGCGACAACAAGAAGACCCGUAUCAUCCCUCGUCACCUGCAGUUGGCCGUUCGUAAUGAUGAGGAGCUCAACAAACUGCUCGGAGGAGUGACCAUCGCUCAGGGUGGUGUUCUGCCUAACAUUCAGGCUGUCCUGCUGCCUAAGAAAACAGAGAAGGCGGCCAAGACCAAAUAAAUUGGGUUCUUCUGCCAAAUUAUAAAAAAAAAAACAAAGGCUCUUUUAAGAGCCACCCACCAUAGCAAGAAAAGUGCAGUUUUUUUCCUUAUGCUAAAAAGUAGAAAAAAACGACUUUCUAUUGAUCGUUAGUUCAAUUCAUUCUAUCGUGUGUAGGAUAGAAUGAAAUAAAAGCAUCACAGCUUCACCACGUCCCACGAUUGCGUGCUGAA